AUGCAUGCUGUAUUAACAGGAGACAUAGUACCCAGUUUUGACAAAAUCAUGUGUUCAGUAUGGAAGAUGGGGAGCACAAGUCUGACUGAUCCAGGUCGAUUCUCCCCCGUCAAUGAUCAUUUUCUUCAGUUCAUGCUUUUUUCUAGAAGUGAUGAUUCCACUGUUCGAGUUUGGGACCUUACAAGCAAGAAGUGUGUGGCAACACUAGAGCAUCGAUCAACAGUGACUUCAUUGGAAGUUUCCGAAGACAGAUGGACCUUGCUUAGUGCUGGAAGAGAUAAGCAUAGCUCAACUCUUUUAUGA